UCGGGCCCAUUCCCUGCGCUCCGGCUCCUCCGCCCCUGCCUCCAUCUCCAUCCUCUCCGUGUCCUCCUGCACAGGUGGGUCUCCUCGCCUCGCCGCUCCAGCCGCGAUGCCGCCGCGCCCCCUCGGGGCCCUGCCCGGGGCUCCCCUGCUCCUCCUCCUCCUCCUCCUCCUCAUCCCGCUGCUCUGCGCGGCCCCCGAUGUUCCAAGGGGAAAUAAGCUUAAACUGAUGCUUCAGAAACGAGAAGCCCCUGUUGCUGCAAAGCCUGAGGUGUCAGUGAAGGAAACGGCAGCCAAGGAGUUCCUGAGCAGCCUGAGACGCCAGAGGCGCCAGCUGUGGGACAGAAGCCAGCCUGAUGUACAGCAGUGGUACCAGCAGUUCCUGUACCUGGGAUUCGAUGAGGCGAAAUUUGAAGAUGACAUCUCCUACUGGACAAACUUAGGGCGUGCUCGUAAUGAAUAUUAUGGUGGGUACUACCAGCACCACUACGAUGAAGAUUCUCCAAUUGGCCCACGAAAUCCACACAGCUUCAGGCACGGAGCAGGCGUCAACUACGACGAUUACUAAUGUCAUUUAUCUUACUAUAGCUGGUGCCUGUAGGGCUGCACUGGGCAAAAGUGAGUCCUCCCUCAGUCAGAAUGACCCCGCUUUCUUUCUAUUUGUGUCAAACAGCAAGAGUAAAGGAACUGCCAGACUUUGAUGAAAGCAACGUGACUUUAACUACCAUUACUUAGUAGUACACUAUAUAUAAAGUGUUAUAGAAAUAAAGCUUUUUUUGAUAAAAUAA